AUGUUACAGUACGCCGGAUAUCAACCACAGAAAAAUUAUAAUUUCAACUUCGAAAAGUUCUUCAGUCAGUUCCCUGGAUUCAAUGCUCCUCAAAGGUCACCUCCUUCAACAUUCUCAUCAAAUCCAUCUAUGCCAUCCUCUUCCUCCUCAAGUAUUUUCAACGUGUACGGUCAAGAUGCGGAAGCCUUCGGAUCAGCGAUCGGAAAAUCAAUUGGACAAAGAAUUCAACAGGCGUUUUCCCAACAAGAUCCAACGUACGAUAUUCAGUUUACACCUCCAUCCUCUCCAACAUCUUCUUCUUCUGCCACGUCAUCUGCUUCUUCUUCAUAUGCUUCAAUGUCUCCGUCUACAUCAUCAUCUUCUUCUUACCCCUCAUCUUAUGGAUCCUCCAUCCCAUCAUCUCCAUACCCAACAUCUCCAUCCACGUAUCAACCCACCUCAUCAUGGCCAUCAACUCAUCCUCCAGAAGAUCUUCCAACAGUUCAACAAGCAUUCCAAGCACAACAACAAUCAUAUGGAUCAACUCCGUCGAUUCCACAAAGUUUGGUAAGUAACUCGAAUGGAUUCGGUGGUUUACCUGGAUUGUUGCCACCGCCGAGUAACAAAAAUCAGAAUUCUGACUGUCCAUGGUGUUCACAAAGCGGAGGAUAUCGAGGAAAGAGGAUACCAAGCGGAGAAGAAGAAGAGAAAAAGAAAGACGAAAAACUUUGA